AUGCUGGCCGUCUUCGCUCAGAAGCGCGUCGUCGCCGUCGCCGCCGCCUUUUUCGCCAUAUGCCUGCUGCUGGCGUCGUCGGGACACUACUAUUACCGCGGAUCUAGCCUCAACGCCACGCCUGAGCCUGCCUUUGAGCACAAGCACGACGUCGUCGUGAAGCCACCACACUAUACAGAACCCAUCCCCAAGCAAAAGCCCGCCGACGAGAAUCUGCUCGAGCACACGCCCGAGGGUGUCGACAAGGGCGACCCGCGUCCCGACGUGCCUGCCAGCCCCGACGUGCCUGCCAGCCCCGACGUGCCUGCCAGCCCCGACGCAGCCGCUGGCCACGUCGUCAGCGAACACCAUGGAAACCCCAAAAACACCGGCCUCAAGCCGGACGGCACCGAGAGGCUGGCAUACGUGACUUUCCUGUCUGGCACGCUCGACCAGGACGAGGACCUUGAAGCCGACAACUACUUCGUCGCCGUCCGAAUCCUCAUGUGGCAGUUGCUGCACAACCCCGAAACCCGCACAAAAGAUAUCGAUGUAGUCGUCAUGGUCACGCCUUCCGUGUCCCAGUCCCGUCGCGAUCGCCUCAAAAAGGACGGCGCCAUCGUCUACCCCGUCGAGUUCCUGCGCUCCUCGUCGCGCUGGGCCAAGGCAGGAGACGCGCGCUGGGACGAUGUCAUGACCAAGCUGCGGGUGUGGGAAAUGACCCAAUACAGCCGCAUUCUCGUCAUGGACGGUGACAGCAUGCUGUUGAAACCUCUCGACGGCGUAUUCGACGACCCGGGCGCACAGAUUCGGUCCACCAAGCAAGUUGACGACUACAAGCCCAUCGAAGGCGUAAAGCCGCUGCCUCCCACAUAUCUGCUCGGCAGCUUGUCAGAGGUUUGGGACUCGACCCACGAUUUUCCGCCCACACACGGCACUGGUUUGAAGAAGCCCGGCUACAUGAACGCCGGCUUCUUCAUGCUCGCCCCGUCGAUCGCCGCCUUCGAACUCUACAGCAGUUACCUCGAGAUCCCAGAUUCCUUCGACCCCCGGUACCCCGAGCAAAAUCUCCUCAACCAAAUACACAAGUGGGACGGCCCGAUGCCGUGGACCGAGCUUGCAUACACAUGGAAUAUAAGAUGUCCGAGCGAUAACGACAUUGACAAGGGGCUUGUCAGCCUGCACGAGAAGUGGUGGACGCAGCCGUUUCUGUACGAGAACCAGCGUACUAAGGACUGGCUAAAGAGCAGACGGUGGGAAAUGAAGGGCUUUUUCGACGCGUACGAUCGAUUCCACCGUGAUGGCGAGACGAGGUAG